GCGCUACUUGAAAAUCAUCAGAUUAUUUUAUGUUUCUGUUUAUAAAUUGGUGAGUAGGCCUAUUAUGUAAUUUUAUCUCAAACUCAGGAUUGAAACUUCUGAGAGUUAGGACUAGUUUAAUUUUUGAUUCUCCAUAAUAUAAUAAAAUAAGUGGCCACUGUCGUCUUAUAUAAUUCUCUAAACGUAAAAGGCAGUGAUUUACAUAAAAUCAUUUUAAUAACAGCCCAUUUCCAUUUAGUUUGUUUGAGAAAAGAGGUUAAUUGAAUUAAGUUUUCUCUGGGUCAACCAAACGUCAACAAAACAUUUAAUAACCCCCAGUCAGGUCUGAGUUUUGAGAAUGAAAGUGACAGUAUACGGCAUCUACAAAUUAAUGUAUUAAAGCAGCGAUUCUCAACGUGGGUCAUAUGGCCCCAGAGGACCACACCUUAUUUCUUGGGGCCACGACAACUUUAAAAAAAAAUGAUUUUAAGUAAAAAUAAGAACAGUCUCUUUGUAUUAAUAAAAAGGAUCUGGGGGAAGGGGGACGCAGAAUAAAGUAAAACGUCAAAGUGACCCACCAGAAAAAAAAUUAUAUGAUUGAAUUUAAACAUUUCUUUUGGGAAAUAAAAUAACGUUAUACCAUUAGCUUCUGUCCUAGUAAUUCCAUCUUUAUGUGUAAUUCUAAUAUAUUUAAGCUUUUCUUCUGCUACCUGAUAAUCUUAGGAAACUGAUUUGUUUUCUCCGAGAAGACCAUGAAUGAGGAUGCACUUAUUAAAAGACGAGUGAGUUUCGAGGCUGAGAAGUUUAAGAAUUUCCUAAGAAAGGAUUCACUGGGUGACGAUGAAGCAAAUAUUAGUGUACACUGGCAGGGACAAAAGAUUGGCGUGUUUACAAGUGGGGGAGACGCCCAAGGUGGGUUAAUAUCGAAGAGGAACACCUACACACAUUCAUACAGAGCUGUGGGGGACGAAUCUGAGGGAUGUGGGAACACUUUUGCUCGAUCACGAUUGUUUUAAUGGGAUCUUAUUUGUUUAAUUUUUAAAAAAAACAUGAUCACUGAGCGGUAACAUAAACUCUCUGGUAUGAUGAGAAUUAAUUUCAUUAAACUGUCGCAAAGUCUUUUAUUAAACAAAAAAAAAAUUUGGUAAUAAAAUAUGUGAGUAGAGACGGGAUCUGCAAAAUGUAAUCUUGACCUACAUAAGUGUGCAAUGUUGAAUUUAUCAACUAUAAAUUCUGUUCUGAAUUUAGUAAUGUUAAAGGCCAUCCUAAUCCCCCCUUUCUCACAUCUCCAACACAGGGAUGAAUGCUGCUGUCCGCGCCAUUGUGCGUGUGGGGAUGUUCUUAGGAUGCAAAGUUUUCUACAUCAAAGAGGUUUUUGUUUUUUGGCCAAAUGUUGACAGUUCUGUGGUUUUUAAUUUUUUUUCCUAAUUCAUUUUAAAAUAAAUUCCAUUUGAUAAAAUAGCAGUUUAAGAUGAAAGGAAGUUUUUAAAAUUUGCUUGUCGAAAAACUACUCGAAUUGCAUAGUCUACAGUAGUACACGCCGCACAAAUUUAAUAGUAUUAUUACAAUUUAACCCAUUUGGAAGUCAAUAAAAUAGCCAGAAAAAUAUAAUGUUCAAUAUAUGGUAAUAAGGGGGCAGUGGCGUAGCGAGGGUGUUUGGCGCCCGGGGACAAGAUUCGCGCCCGGGGACAAGAUCCAUUUUUAACGCCCCUUUUUUCUUUUUUUCAACUCUCAAACCCAUUAUUUUCAUCAACAAAAUAAUACCAAAGCACAUUUUGGCGCCCCUAACUAGCUGGCGCCCGGGGACAUCUGUCCUCCCCUGCCCCCACCACGCUACGCCUCUGUAAGGGGGAAAGACUGCAUUGUUCAAUAUAUGGUAAUAAGGGGGUGAGACUGAAAUUUUCAAUAUAUGGUAAUGAGGGAGAGUGACUGAAAUGUUCAAUAUAUAGUUAUAAGGGGGAGAGACUGAAAUGUUCUAUAUACUCACAAAACUAAUUUAAGUUUUGCUUUCUGAAAGAGAAAAUUAAUUUUCUGAUUGAUUAUCUUAUUUGCCAUUUAAUUUAAAUUUUAGCGCCUUUUGCAAACGACAAUAUCGUCAGAUUCUUUAAAAAUUCCUCCGCGGAAAUGGAGAUAACAAAAAAUAAAUAAAUUCUUGGUUCUAUUGCCGUUGUUCAAUGACACCAUUUGUAUGAUGAUGAUGAUUGUAUCUAUUGUGAUUCUUAAAUAUUUUGUUUACACAGGGCUACCAAGGAAUGGUAGAUGGGGGAGACAACAUUCAAGAGGCCACCUGGCAAAGUAGCUCAAAUAUUAUCAAUGUUGUGAGUUUUCAAUGUAAAAAGUGUUUUAAAAAAGUAGGCCUACUUCUUCUGCGGGUAGCUGGCUUACAUUAAUAAAAUAAAUAGGUUCUUCUAGAAACAGAGAUAGCUUUUUUGUUUUGUUUUGGUUAUAAUAAAAUUGUAAAACUUUUACGGGAUGGACCAAUAGAAUAUUACUAGAUCUAACUUUAUUUUCUAAGAAGUUUUCUCGUAUGUGUGACCUUGACCUUUCGCUUUGACCUUAGAGUUUAGAUGCUAUGAACAAUGAAGUAACACAGAGACUUCUGAAAUCUAAGAGCCCCGCCCCUAGGAUUUUAUAUUGCCAUUCAGAGAUUAUUAUUAUAAAUGUUUAUUUUCUUUUGCAACCUAUCAUCUAGGCAUUGAAAGAUCUAACAUCCUUCAGCCUGCACAAUAUCAAGAAUGUACCCUUCCAUUUAUGCAUCAAUGUCAAUAGGCUUGCCAUCGUUUUACCAGCUUGAUCUAAAUCAACAAGGAUAUGUAAUCCUAUAAGUAAUAUGAGCCAUGCAACGAGAACAGCUGCCAUUAUGAUUUGAUCAAGAGCAUUUUGCAUUGGAUGAUUAAAAAACCAAUAUUGUAUAUUUUUUCCUCCAUUUUAGGCUUCCAAUUUAUAUUGUACCAUAAUAUUGUGUACUAUAUUAAUUUACAGUAUCAAAUAUAUUGUUGACUACAUUAAUUUAAAUUAUUUGAUAAUAUUUUGCGAAAUAUCCACAUGAUAUUUUCAUUAUAUGCUAUUAUCACAUCACAUAUCUAGGGAGGAACUGUCAUUGGGAGUGCUCGAUGUAUGGAUUUUAAGGAGAGAUGGGGAAGAUUAAAAGCUGCCCAGAAUCUUAUUUAUUGGGGAAUAACCAACUUAAUUGCUAUAGGUACGACUCGUUUUCUUGUUGUUCUUUUUCAUUUUUUGUGUUACAGUAUGUCAGUAUGCAGUAUGCAGCCAUUUAUGGCUCAUAAUUUCAGAAACAUAUUUUAUGAAAUAUUACUUACCAACAACUUGUAGAUGCAAAAAAGAUAAGAUAUAUAUGAAAUAAAGAGAAUCAUAUGUCUUGAAUUACAGGACUUGUCUUCGAAUUAAGAUCAAUAACUCUUAAUGACCAUUUAUCUUCCCAACAACAAUAAUGUGAUCAAAAUAAUUUUAAAAUAUUAAACCCAAUGCUUAUUUAUUUUUGUUCAAGUUUUUAUUUAUUAUCCAUCAGUCAUUAUUAUCUCCAAUACUUACUAAUUUAUCAAUGACUGUUAAAUAAUAAAUAUAAACUUGAAAAAAUAAAUCAAUGAAAAUUUACUUUUAAAAAAUCAAUGAAUCCUUAGUUCAGGGAAGGCCUUGAUGAAUUAUGGUACGUCAUGUAACUAUAAUAUAUGCACAAGAAUGCUAUAUUUAUUGAUAUACAGUUAAAAAAUAUGUUAUAUUUAUACUAUAUCAGUUGGACAUUAAAUAGACUUACUACUUGGUGUUUACAUUGUAUGGUUUCUAUGAUUAGCUAUUUAUUUUUUGAAUAGGUGGAGAUGGCAGCUUAACUGGCGCAAACUGCUUUCGUCUAGAGUGGCCAAGUUUAGUUCGAGAGUUAGUGGACAAAGGUAAUUCCAGUGUACAGAUCUCAAUAUUUUUUUUUAUUUUAGUAAUCAAUGAAACUCUCCCCCCCCCCCCCCCCCUUUUUUUUUUUUUUUGUAAACAAUUGAACUCUCCCCCCCCCCCCCACCUUUUUUUAGGUUGCUUCUUUUCAGUUAAGAAAGUCCGUCUUCUAUAUUAAUAGUACUUAAUUUGAAUAAACUAUGAAAUGUCAUUUUUUUAAUGUUUGAAUUGAAAAAUAAUCUCCAAUUCAGUGGUUUGAAAUGUAAAGCUCACCAGCCUGCCAACUACCAUUAGGACCAUCAGUGCUUAGAAAAAUACUUUAAAGCAAAAAGCAAAAUAAUGAUGUCAAUUACAAUUCAUCCUACAUGCUCAAAGCAACUGUACUUUCCACUUACAAUGUUCAAGAUUCAUCAUUUGCUGUGCAGCAAAUUCACUGUCCAUCAAACUUACCCUGUCAAAAUACAUUCAUAACAAUUAAAACUGAAAACAAAUUCUUCACCCUGUGGACAUAGAACAAUAGUGUCAUGAUUUUUGUCACAUAAAGUAAUUAUAUUUACAAAAAGCAAACAAACUGCUGUCACACAAAGAGACAAUGCUUUCCCCCAUUGCAGACAUGAUAUCCAAGGACAAGAUAGCUCAGUGCUCCCACUUAAACAUUGUGGGGCUUGUUGGGUCAAUAGACAACGAUUUUUGUGGGACUGACAUGACCAUCGGUGUGGACUCAGCCUUACAUAGAAUACAGGAAGCUGUUGACAGCAUCAUGACAACAGCUGUCAGGUUAUUUCACACACGUAGUAUCACAGAGAUUAAAUGCUCAGACUGUCAUGUGACUAUCACAGAUAUUUAAUGUCAUGCUAUGAUGCAACUGCCAUAGGUGUUUUGUGUUAUGACAUGCAACUAUCUCAGAUAUUUAAGGCUCAAAAUUAAAACGCUAUAAAAUCUUAGAUAACUUUUGUUAAAUAAAAUUCCUAUUUUAAUUUAAAGUUUGUUUUAAAUCAGUAAAAAAGCAUAAUGUCUGGGUGAUGGCUGCUGUGUAGUUGAUAACUGGAGGAUUUUUCAAGGGCUCAAGGUGUUAUUAAAUAGGGAAUAAGAAAAAAGCUUAUAAUAUUUCUUUGUAACCAUGCAUCCCUGACAAUGGUGGUAGAGACUUUGAGAUGCUAAUGUUUUAGUUCUAGACCAAAAUCCAACAACCAUAGGUCAAGAGUGAAAAAUAAUUGCAUCAAAUUAGCAUAUGCAUGUGUCCAAGUUAUAUAGCUACAAAAGAAAACAGUUUUAACCAUUUAAGAGCUUGGACAGCCACCCCCCACUUAUUUAAAUUUUUUUAAAAGCCUUUUUUAUCACUAUGAUUGUUUAAUCAAAGGACAGUCAUUUUCUUAUUACAUUAUGCUUCAAAUUUUGUUAAAAAAAUUUUUUCCCCUCGUUACAGCCACAAACGAGGCUUUGUAUUGGAAAUCAUGGGAAGGAACUGUGGGUAAGAUUAAAUAAAAAUCACUGACACCGUCUCCACAGAAUGUCUAAAGUACUUAAUAUUUUAAUUGUAACAUCUUCUUUAUUUUUAUCUGCAUGAGCUAGUCUUUUUUGUUGUGUUUUUGGAACUUUGAUGCAUACAUUUACAUAGAUUUUCUGGAAAAUGAUUAUAUUCAAAAGUUUUGCACAAUCCAGCAUCUAAGUCCAGCAAGCAUUUCACUCUAUCAGGUAUCUCCCAUUGGCAGCUGGGAUAUCCAGUGAGGCUACAGCAAUUUUUAUACCUGAAGAUCCACCAGUGGGAGACUGGAGACAAGCGUUGUGUGAUCAAAUGACGGAGGUAAUCUCCUUAUGGGAUGGUGGGCUUUGGAGUGUUUGGAAAACUGGGGAUAUUUUAAUUUUUAAAUUUAAAGUGGAGAGUGGGUGGGGUUGAUGACAUAAAUUGAAAUUAAGUAAAGAUAAAAAAAAAUAUAAACCACCUGGUCACAAAGCUUGAGCCUUAGAUUUAUGACAUAUUGAAACCCAUUUUUAAAAAUUUACAAUUGUUUAAAAUAUUAAGAUAAUAUAACAUUUAAAAAAUAUAUAUACUUCAGAAUAAAACACCAUUAGCACAACACUCUCUUGCUUCACAGUAAAUUAAUAUUGAUCUUAAAACACCCAAACAUCUUGAUGUAUUUUUCUAGAAUUUUUUCACUGUUUAGAAAUUAAUUAAUCUGCACUAUCUUAUCUGUAUGAGUAAGAUAAAAUAACAUUUUUAAAAAAACUGCAUUUUUGUAAGAUAAGAUUCUUUAUUGAUCCAAAUAAAUGAAAAUGUUUUUGAUUAGAUUUUACCAGGGUUGUUAAUAUUGCAAUAUUGUAUUGGUAUUGGUAGUAUUGCCAAUACUUUUUUAAGUAUUGGGACGAUAUUGCAAUACUUCUUGAAAUUUGAUAUUGGUAUUGGUAUUGCCAAUAAUUAUUUUUGAUAUUGGUAUUGAUUUUUAACCAAUACUAAAAGCAAUAUUCAAUAAAUUCUCUACAACAUUGGUUGUGAAUAAAGCUGAAUAUAAUAAAUUUUUCUUUGGUGUCGCCAUCUUGCGAGUGACAUUGCCAAACAAUUUUUGAAUGAGACUGAUCAAUGAAAUGAAUGAUAAUAGAAAUCAAAUCAUAUAAUAUGAUAUCUUUGGCAAUGAGCAUUGACCAGUGACUUACCAAGGCUCGAUUAAGGCUUAGGCACUUUAGGCACCGUGCCUAGGGCCUACAAACAAAAAUAAGGCCAAACAAAGAAAAAAUAUUUUUUUUACAAAUCAUAUAUGAUAUCUUUGGCAAUGAGCAUUGACCAGUGACUUACCAAGGCUCGAUUAAGGCUUAGGCACUUUAGGCACCGUGCCUAGGGCCUACAAACAAAAAUAAGGCCAAACAAAGAAAAAAUAUUUUUUUCAUUCAUCCAUCCAUCCAUUCAUUCAUUCACAAUAUGUGUACAGUAUACAUAUUAAAAAUCUUGUUGCUUAAGGACAUUAAGGUAUGCCGACUUAUUUAAUAUGUUGUCAAAGACUUUUGAAUGAUUUGAGGAAAACUGAUGAAGCAAGUGUUAACUAUUGAACAAAAUUUGGUUAAAAAUACAUUGUCUAAAUUAGCCAAAAAUGUUGUUAUCGUUUAUCGAUGUAAGUGAUAUAGAGCGAUGAAUUACGUAUUUGCGUUUUAUUCGUCGAAUGACCCAAAUAUUGGUAUUGGUAAGGCAAUAAUAAAUAAAUAUUGGUAUUGGUAUUGCAAUACUGGUUUUAAAAUUGUAUUGGUAUUGGUAUUGCCAAUAGAUUUUACAGGCAGUAUUGGUAUUGGUAUUGCCAAUAAUUUUUUUUAGUAUUGUUAACAACCCUGGAUUUUACAUAUUCAUUUUCAGCACAUAAAUAAGUACAUAUUUUUAACCAAGAUAGCAUAUUAUAAUUAUAACUUUUAAAACACAAGACAUCUAAAGUAUUUCUCUUGCAUAGAAAUCAGCCAUAAAAGAACUCAAUUAGUGAUUACUCCUUGACAUGAGAGCUGAGAUGUUUGCAUUUUGUAAAGAUAGUGCCUGUUUGUUCCCCAUUACAGAACCUCUGUUUUUUUUGUCUGUAAGACUGUCCAUGAUCUAGUAUAUCAUGAUUUUAUGAUCCUUACAGAAAAGCAAAAGUGGUGAAGUCAGGAGAACACACAUCAUCUUAGUUGCUGAAGGUGCUAUAGAUAGGGAGGGGAAUGCCAUCAAGUGCUAUGAUGUCCAAAAGGUGAGUGAUAUCUUAAACCUGCAACAACUAAGAAUAUAAAGAAAAUGCAGGCACCCAUGUAACCUGCUUCACUUCUCCUGAACCUGCUGCUUGGCUACUCCCUCUACAGCAAGGUGUGUUUUGCAGCAGCAAAGCAACACAUGAAAGAAAAUAUCUUAACUAUGAAAAUUAAAAAAAUAAAAUAAAACAACUGAAGAAGUAAAAAAUAAUUUGAUCUUAUUCACAUUCAUUUUAUCAACAAUAUUGAAUUACAUUUUUUAAAGAAAGAAAUUGCAAUAAUAAAAUAGAUAUUUUCUCCCCAUUUGUUGAAAGUUUAUUUCAAUCAGUAAACCAAACCCUCAUAUGUUUUGUCAGCAAGAGUCAAACAGAGCUUUUUUAUAUACAAAUAAUCCAAUAAUUUUAUUGGAAAUAUAUUUAUUGAUAUUAAAGGGUAUAGAUAUAAUUUUUUAAAUAUAUUUUUUUAUCUCAAAGGUGUUGACUGACCAAAUGAAAAUGGAUGUCAGAGUUACUGUUCUUGGUCAUGUCCAGAGGGGAGGAAAUGCUUCAGCCUUUGAUAGAUUAUUGGUACCUCUUAUUGUUGUUAUUUCCCUUUUAUGUCAUUGUGUUCACCUUACAGUAAGUUGUUACAUUCCUUCAGUUUAAUAAAUAAUAGGACACAAAUAUCAUCACAUCCCAAUGGCUUACUACAGUUUUUUUUUAACCUCACCUUAUCACAAUCUUUCACAUGACACUAGAUCAGAAUUGACCAGUGUGCUUCCCUGGCUGUUAGGAAAUAAAAAAUGGCUCUUGAAACAAAAUAUUAUCUUACACCAUAUUAUGAAUGAUUUUCACACUUGAGAAAUACUUUGAAAGUGUCCCAUGUUCAAAUUGUCAGAGUUUAAUUUUUUUAAAAUCUUUAUCAGAUAGUUUAUCCAUAAUAUGCUGAAAAAACGACUAUGUUCAUAAUAUGCUGCAAAAAGGACUAUGUACAAAGUGAUCAAAACACAUCUACAUUAAUUUGGAUUGAUAAAAGACUUUUAUCCCCACAUUAAAAAGAAGUCUUGCUUGAUUUUACUUUAUUAUGAGCCUUGGUUCAUUUCAUCUUUUGUCCAUCAAGGCCACACGUAUGGGUGCUGAGGCAGUGUUAGCACUGAUGGAUGCCACACCCACCACUCCAGCAUGUGUGAUUUGUUUGGAUGGUAGUGAUAUUGUACGGAGACACUUGCUUAAUGCUGUACAGAAAGUAGGUUGCGUAUAUUUUAACACAUAUUUUAAUAUUUUAAAUAUUAAAGGGGGGGGGGGUAGUAAAUGUUUCUUAAUUUUUUUAAGUAAUAAAAAUGAGUGAAGAUUUUGUUCUAUCAUGAUAGUAGUUGAAUUAAAAAUAACUUAUUAAUCUCUAACCAAAAUGUUUAACAGACUAAAAAGGUUGUUGAGCUGAUGGGGGAGAGAAGAUUUGAAGAUGUAGUUCAGCUGAGAGGCAGGUAAGACAGAGAAUAGAUUUGUCUAAAGUAACCAAAAUUAAUUACUCCUGUUUGUUGGAAUAAACUCUCUCCUUUACAACUUGUGUGUGAGACUAAUGUUGACAUGAUCCUCUGUCAUUGGGGCCUUUUAUGUCAAUGCUGUCACUAUGGAGCUCAGUUAAUUUUCUAUAAAUAUGUAACUUGAGGCAUAUUCUCUAGAUAAAUAAUUGAACAAGAUAUUUUAGGCUUGAAAAAAUAAAGACAGACCAAUUAAAAUAUCUAUUUAUUAUUUUUUUUCCAAGCCUUAAAAUAUCAGGCUCCACUAUUUAUUUACUUCACACAGCUUGAACGCAGUCCCCCCACCUUAUAUUAUCCAUAUUAUGUAUGUUGGAUCUUGUGGUACUUUAUUUCUAUAGAAAACACUGUAUAACAAAUAAAAGUCUGUUCUCACAUCUUCAGGCAAACUGCCAAGUACCUGAGUAUCUAUUCGAGUAUGGUCAAGGUCAUUCCACAUCCUCUUCUUUUAACUCCUGGGAAAAAGGUUGAUAAUAAGAAUAUAUAUAUACAUAUAUUUAAAGCUAUUAUUUGUUUGAUUCAUUAUCCUGUUCAUAUUUUAUUUUGAUAGUGUUAACAUCAAAAGGGUAAGACAACAGAUAUUAUUCCGACUUCAGUGUUUGUUGAUUUUUAGCAGGGGUUACCUGCCACUCAAGAAUAACUGUCUUACCUGGCUAAACGUUUUCAUCACCCAGUGGCUAUUAAUCCAUAGCAGAGCUACAUCUACAGUUGAAUUUGAAUCCACUCUCAUUCAAGGGGCAGACAAGGUUUUAAUUGCACCACAUGGUAGACAACUUUGAUUUUUAAAAAGAAUUACAAAUAAUUUUUUUUUUCCUGUCACCAUUUUUGCAACAGAUAUAAAGAUACAAAAUAAAGAAUAGACACAAGAUUUUACCUUUUAAAAUGUUAUAUUGGUUGGAUGAUUAAUGAAAAAACAAAACAUGGUUGUCUUUAAGUGGAGAAGUAUGAUUUGAUUUAAGAAAAUUCCAGCAAAGAAGAACACUACUUUCAGCCAUGUUAUGAAAAGGGAAAGUUUGUUCCCUGUGUUAAGUCAGUUACUAGGAUCAUGCCUUUAGAAAAUUUCUUUGAAUAAACCGAGAAUCACAUUUUCUGAAUUUUUCUACUAAAUAAUUGAACACUUAAUUCAAAAAUGUGUUUCAGAAAAUUUAUCGCAUUGCACUGAUCCAUGUGGGGCACCCUGCAUGUGGAAUGAAUGCUGUGGCUCGAGGCUUUGUCAGUAUAUGUAUUAGCAGGGGUUAUGAACCGUUGUUCAUCUACAACAGUUGGGAAGGACUCAUAACCCAUCAGGUAUUUCAGUUCAAUUGAAGUAAAAAAAUGUAAUCAUUAUCUGAACCAUGAACAUUGUUGAUAAAAGCAGAUUGUCAUGUAACCUGUAAAUAUUGUAAAGCAUAAUCACCCUGCAUGCUGCACUCCUGAGAUGGUUGUCUGUACCUAAAUGCACAGGAAGGCCUCAUCUUUUUAAAAAAAUUAGUUUUAAUGGGUGAAAUGGAACAGACCUUUGACAAACUACUUUAAGCAGUGAAAUAAAACAGAGAUAAUUAUAGAAUUAAUAUGAAAUUUCAGUAAGUCUUGUGUGUGACCACGAGAUGUUUGGAAGUCUUGUGUGUGACCACGGGAUGUUUGGAUGUAAUUUGGUCUGAAAUUUGUAACAUUUGAAACAAUUUAGGUGAAAAAAAUGUCAUGGAAUGAUGUUCACCACUGGACUAGUGCUGGGGGCUCUCUACUGGGGACAAGCACGUAAGUCUGAUCAAAUAUGGGGAAUAUGGGUUACUUGGGAUAAGUCUUAUGUAAUGUUAGUCUAGCCUCAUUAUGGCAAAUUUUUUUUAAAUUUUAGAGAAGAAUGAAUAAUGUACAGGUGUAGAGCUUUCUACUGCGUGUUUGAGCCUCCCAAAGAUAUCUGGGGAAGAGUUACCAUGUUCAUACUUUGUGGCAUAAUCAUUAUAUAAUCAUUUCUGUAUCAACAAUAUGGUGUAGCACUGGUUCUGAUGGUGCAAUAAUUUGGGCAGUGAGCCAUGGUGCAAUAAUUUGGGCACUGAGUCAUGGUGAAAUAAUUUGGACAGUGAGCCAUGGUGCAAUAAUUUGGGCACUGAGUCAUGGUGAAAUAAUUUGGACAGUGAGCCAUGGUGCAAUAAUUUGGGCACUGAGCCAUGCUGCAGUAAUUUUGGCACUGAUCUAUGCUGCAAUAAUUGGGCACUAAGCCACAAUGCAAUAAUUUGGGCACUGAGCCAUGCUGCAGUAAUUUGGGCACUGAGCCAUGGGGAAUUAAUUAUCUGCUGGUCCAUAACACUAAAAAGUUUAAGAACCACUGCUGUAUAUCUUAUAUCAGCGGGUCAACAACCUAAAACAUUUUUAUCUUUCUGUUUUUACUCUUAAACAGCAAAACAGCUGGGGAAAUCGGCAUAUCCAUUUUGUCCAGCAGCUUACGCCAAAAAGACAUAUCUGGACUAAUCAUUGUAGGUGGAUUUGAGGUACAUUGACUUGAGCUGAAAUAAUCUUAUUUUUACUUAUUGAACAAACUCAUGAGAUCCAAAGGGGGGGGGGGAUAUUCUAAGAACUUUAAUUGCGGCUGCAAACCAUUCCAUCUCACGUCAAGUAAAGACUUAUGCAGGAGUAGCCAUUUUGGGGGGGAGGAAUUAUGAUCAAAGGUGUUAUAGGUCUAAAGCAAAAACCUGGGACUGGUCUGAUUAAAGACUAAUAAUUUUUCAACUCUAAUUUAACUACAAUAAUUUGUCGCUGCUGCUUUGUGGUGAUUUAGAGUAAAAUAUAUUUUUGUGUUGUGUUAGUUUUUGGAGUAAAAUAGAUUGUUGUUGUGUUAGAUUAUAAAGUAUAUACAAGCUUAACUUUGUCAAUGCAUGUAUUGAACAGGAUGAAAUCAUAUUUUCUUCCAUUACAAUUGUAAGAAAUUCAUGAAAUCUUCAAUAUUCUUUGUGUCAUAUUUAACAUGCAGGCAUUUCAAAGUGCAUUUGAACUACUAAAAGGGAGAGAAAACUACCCUGAGUUAAAUAUUCCCAUGAUUGUGGUCCCUGCUACUAUAUCCAACAAUGUACCUGGCUGUUAUAUGAGCAUUGGAUGUGAUACAGCAAUCAAUCAGAUAUGCAAGGUGACUCAUUAAAUAUAAGAUGUGAUAGAAGUCAGUCAGAUAUAUAAAGUAGCGUUAUCACUAUAAGAUGAGAUAUUCAUUGGUGAUUUAAAAACAAAUAAGCUAAAUGUAGCAGAGUGGUGAGAGUGGUUGAUUGGUUGGCCACACAAUUUUACUCUGCUUGCAGCACCAAAAACGGUAGCCGUGUGAUGAGUGACAGUUGACUGUUUUAAAUAUAUUUAGAAUAUAAGCUCAAGAAAUUCAGGUCCUGAGAACCAAAGCCGUUUAUUUGUGUUUAGAGUGUUGUCUAUAAAAGGAGUGGUAGAAAUAAAAAGCCGAAGAAAAAUCCAAAGAAAAGGGACAUCAAUGUGGUGCAAGCAAAUGAUGGUGGCGCGCUCUAGGGGUGUGACUGAAACUAUGAAUGAUCUCCCAUUUGCGCUUUUCCUAUAAACAAAGUCACUCAGACACACGAGGAAGCAACUACGUCACACCUGGGCCAAGCCUGUCUGGAAACUGACUUCUGUUAGAUUCAUUGUGGGUGUCUUUUUCACGUUUAGUCUCGUCUAUCUGAGAUAAAGUUGUAUAUUUAAAUGAGUUAAAUGGUCUUUGGGAUAUAUAUAUCCAGAAGGGGUUGGGAUCCCCAUGGCUGAAUGUCAAAACUUACUUAAUAUUACAAUAACCUCUAAAGAUGCAGACUUGCAAAUAUUCUAAGAUAUAUUGCAUGGCAUUCCCUUUCCGGCCAGAUAUAGCUUAUCGCAUAAUUCCCUAGGGUUUCUGAGAAAAAAAUUAUUGAACUUAUACAAAUAGCACAAAUUGUGAUUCCCUAUCAUGACGGUGGGAAGAGAGGCAGUCACACAGUGUUGUGGUAACCUGACCCCUGGCGCAAACAUUGUCACAUAAAUAGGAACAUAGAGUUGAAGUAAAAAAAAUUAAUAGAUGUAAUUUCUUUUUCCAUGAUCAGGCAUUUAUUUAAUAACUCUACAACUGAAUGUCAGUCCAAAGCAGUCUGUGAGUCAAAUAUUCAAGGGGUAAUAAGUAAUAAUGUAUUCUCUCCCCUGUAUGCUGUAGGCGUGUGAUGAACUCAAGCAGUCAGCAUUUAGCAUCCAGAAGUGCGUGUUUGUUGUUGAGGUAGGGGGGGACAAUUGCGGUUGCCUAGCAACACUCUCUGGGAUUGCUUCAGGGUCUGAUUGUGCCUUCAUCAAAGAAGAACCUUUUACAGUUCGAGACAUUCAGGUACAUACUUAACUAGUCAACGAUUGUAGAAAUAAAGAAUCCACUUGAUGAGCUUGAGGUUUAACUGGAUCAGGGUAAGCUUUCAGAUGUUACCAUUAUGAUACCAAAUGCAGCUUUCAUUGGACACACUUUCAACUAUUUAAUUUUUUUUUUCAUCUCUUUUUGGACAUUGUUCAAAACUAUAAAGUAACUACAUUCUAAACAGAAUUAAUUUUCUCCACAGUCUAUCUGUAAGAAACUAAUGGAUAAGCAGGAGCACUCGGGAGUUCGGCAAGGACUUAUCAUAAGGUAGGAGUUUGGCAUGGACUUAUCAUAAGGUAGGAGUUUGGCAUGUACUUAUCAUAAAGUAGGAGUUCGGCAAGGACUUAUCAUAUGGUAAAAAACUCUAAACAGUUGGCAGGCCUACUUUUUUUUUCAAAGUGUUUGAACACUCACGCCAGUGGCCCUUGCGAAAUGAUUUUGGUUGUGGGCCAUAUGCAACCCCCCCAGCACCCACUUGGUGGCCCACUAAGUAACGAAAUAUUCAUUAUUAUAUUUAUUAUUAUUUUCUUAAUAGCUUUCACUCCUGUCAUAUUAUCUUUCGGCACGCACUAGUUUUUCAUAAAGUAUUACGGUCCACCUUACAUUUUGAGUUGUGCAGGCCUGCUUUACAGUGCUGACACAAAUUAAUAUUGAGCUUAAAAAUGGAAUGAUUGUUUUUUGUAAUAUUAUAAAUCCUUUACAUUAACUUCGCUUUUGUUUAUGGGUUUGUGGCAAAAUCUUCGGAAGGCUCUCAAAUGUUAAGCAACCAUCCCCAUCCUCAAACCCCAAAAAACAGUAUUUCCUGUUUUUCAACAGGGGUGGAAUGUUAAUGCUUUGUUCAAUGGGUGCGUGCGUUGGUGUGGAGAUUAAUUGUGCAGCUGUUGCUAUGUGCUCUGUAUUUCUGAUGUAUUUGGGUAUGCAGUAAAAUAAAAUGUAUUUAACGAAGGGGAAAAAUGAAGGAAAUAUGAAAGGUGUUCUUGCCAGAAGUUUACCCAUUGACAUAACCACUUGUUAAUAAAUGAUAAAUCACGCACAAUCACAUAAAUGCAAACAAAAAUGCAUAGAAAGGAUUUAUAGGAAAAACUUUAUUUUUAGGAGUUGUUUUUAUUAACUUAUAUAUAUUUUUUUUUAAUGUUCUGCGUCUGAUUUUUAAAUGUGGUAAAUUUUAGAUUGCUUUUAUUUCUCUUUAUAAUGUGGUUGACUUUGUACCGCACUUCGAGCUUUUGGGGAUGAAGCGUGUUUUUCAAAUAAACUGUAUUAAUUAUUAUUAUUUUAUUAUAUGUUAUGUUAUAUUUGAGCCAUGAUUUAUUUUCUCAGAAAUGAAAACGCAAACCCAAACUUAACAACAGACUUUAUUUAUCGCUUGCUCAGCAAGGAAGGAAAAGAUUCUUUUCAAACCAGGUAACACAAUUUCUUACGUGAAGUGUUUACAGCAGUGAGCAAAUAAAUUCUUGAUGUUAAAUGUAUUUUUAAAAAAUUGGGAAUGUGAGACUUUGUGAUUUAACUUGGCAGGGGCUGCGACCAAGACUUAGAUCUUGUAUACAAGCCUGGUCAAUAUGGCAUACUAAAUACAUGUAUUUGUAGGUGUAUUUAGCUCAUCUUUCUCUACAUUAGUAUUAGGACCCAAAAAUAAAUUUCCAAAUCCUCCAGUAUAUUUUAAACUAAUUAGGGGAUGGAAAGGGGAAUUUUAGAAGGAGCAACUCUUGCAGAUUUAAACAUAGUUGUUUAGUUGAUGAUGAUGAUGAUUGAUUAUUUAUAUAGUGCUUGUCUCCAUGCUAUUUUAGCAUGCUGAGUGUGCGCUGAUGUCAUAAACCUUAUUUAAAGAAAAAUGUCUCUUAAAUGAUUUAUCAUUUUUAAAAUUCCUCAUAGACUGAGGCAAACUGUUCCAUAAUUUAGUAGCCAUUGCUUCAAAAGAGCGCACUCCAAAGGACAUCUUUCUGUGUCCAUCCACACUGGGAACUCCAAGUUGGGACUGUGAUGAAGUUAACUCCCCUUGCAAAGCUUACAAGUUAUUUUGAAACUUUUUUUAUAAACAAUUUAUCUUCAUACUGCAAAAUGAUUGCAUAUAGUAAACAACUAGAUGGCAUGCCAUAAGUGUUACUGUAUUUGUUGCAGGCAAGCAUUGCGAUGGCAUGCUAUAAGUGUUACUGUAUUUGUUACAGGCAAGCAGUGCUGGGACACACACAAGAGGGCUACAAGGCUUCCCCAUAUGACAGAAUUGCAGGAAUUAAAGCUGGAUGUCUAGCCACAGAGUGGAUGAUACACACAUUGGAGAUGUGUGGUGCUAAAGAUGGAGGUAUAUAAUGUGCUAGUGGCAUCUUUGAUCAUAGUCCUGUCAAAUGGAGGUAUGCAAUGUGCUAAUGGCAUCUGUUAUCUUAGUCCUGUCUGAGUGCUUUGGGUGAUCAAGUAAUAUUUUUCCCAGUAAAGUAAUGAGAUAUCAAAAAUGUUCACUUUCUCAGGCUGAUUUCUUAUUUUUAAAUGUGCAGCCCAGAUCGUCACUGACUCAUCUUCCACUGUGGUUGUGUCCCCCAUAGCUACAGGCUUGAAUGAACCAGUCCCCGUCUCGGAGCUUGUUCAUCAGACAGAUUUUGAGUAAGUUUUUCUAGACCCACCCACCUGGAGUUUUUUAAAUUAUUUUUUACAGAAACAUUUUGUGAACACUUCAUGUCUCUGAACAUGGAUAGCAGUAAUUGGCUGAAACUAAAAUGAAAUGUCUUAUCCUAUUGCGUGAUGUGCUGUUUUACUGAGUAAACAAAGGACUAAAAAUUGGGUGAUUGAAAAAAAAACACUAAAUAACUAACAACAAAAAAUAAUAAUAUGGUGGUUUUGCUUGACUUUGAUAGAAAGAUAGAAAUUGGAGAAGGAAGAGAAACAGUGAGAAGCAUGAGGGGGAAAAACAAUAAUUAUGAAAUGCAAGAGAGAAAAAUAAUAAUCUGAUGUUAUUCUCACAGGAACAGACUGCCAAAAGUGCAGUGGUGGAUGAAGUUAAGAACUCUCCUGGAUAUACUCUCAUGGCCAAUGGAGCAGCAAAACAGCAAACCCGCCAUUAAUUCAUUCAAGUGAUACAGCAAGAAUUCAUUUUCCUGAUUAAAUAGCAUACCCAUGUAGAUUUCAUAAUGUGAAGUCAUUGAAUAAUUUGGCCAUAUUGAAUAAGUUGAUAUUUUUUAAACACGUCUAUUGAAUAUUUUAAUUUAAAUCAAGACAGCAGAAAAUAUUAUUUAAAAUAUUAAUUAUUUUUUCUUCAAAAAAGGAUAUAUUACAUUUUAAGUGAAUGUAAAUUUGUUACCCUUUGCCCAUCAAUAUUGAUUGUGUUGAAAGAACAAUGGAACUGCUACAUGAACCAUUCCAUAAACUAUACAGCAUCGCUGGUAUAAACUCGUUUAUCAAUAAAAAAAAUAAUUCAUGGACUGCUGUUCAAAAGGAUGUCCUAAACUUAAUGUCAUUAAAAUGACAGGAACACAAUUCUUAUGUUUCCUCUCAUUUUCUGACAUGGAAAUGUCAUGUUCAAAUUUCAACCCAGCUGAACCUCCAUCUCUUGAUUUGUUGUUAUUUGCCUUCUCAUUUGGCUCAGCAUUCUAAAAUUCCUAUUUCCUUAAUUUUUCUUAACACAACUAUUUCAACAUGUAAAAACCAUAAUAUGCCAAACUAAGUCCUGUUUAAUUUAGUAACAUGACAAAGAGACAUUGGGCAGCAAUGAAUAUUGUCAUAUUAUGUGAGACACAAGAAAUAAGUAAAGAAAUCAUCAUAAUGGUAAGAAAGAAACAACUUUCCAACAAAUAACACACAAACACAAAAGAAAUUCAGACAAAUCAAGAAAAAAAUGUUUGAGGAACAGACAAGACACCUACAAAUUACAAAACAAGGGUAGAUACAAAAAAAAAAAUCCACACAAAUUAAGAUAACCAACAAGACUCCCAGUUUGAGAUUCAGCACAUAUCACAAUUUAUUGGAACAUCAUUUACAGAAAAUAUGCACAACUGGAAGUCACCAGAACAGUGGUUCUCAACCUUUCUAAUGCCACGACCCUUUCAUACAGUUCCUCAUGUUGUGGAGACCCCUAACAAUCAAUUAUUUUUGUUGAUACUUCAUAACUGUAGAGUAAAUGUGUUUUAAGAUGGUCUUACGCAACCCACAGGUUGAGAACCGCUGCACUAGAACAAUGCAACAGUUACUGGCAUUCAAAUACUCAUUUUAAAAAUAAGUAAAGAAAUUUGUGUUAUUUAAAUUCUAACUAUGAUCACUAAAAAGAGUUGGUUUGACAAGAAACUACUUGCUUGAAAAAUUGUAAGCAGUCGGAAUUUGAAAUAAAUUCAUUCCCCAAUGGUUGAAAUGUUAUGUUUAUUAAUGUAUCGGCUGUUGCAUUGCCUUUCGACUAUCCAGAACAAUUGGUCAAAAUCAAUUCAAAUAAAAUGGUGGAUAAAUAUAUUUACAAUGACUAGUUAUGUUAUUCUUGCUUCAUUGUCAUGAAUUUGUUAU